CUCGACAUCACCGACAACAUGUCUACCGAGUCCGUCAAGGUUCUGGACGAGCUUUUCCAGAAGCUCUCCGUCUCCAAGGAGGCCGCCGAGGUCAACGAGGCUGCCCAGGAGAUUGCCAGCUUCAUCAACGGCCGCAUCGACGACCAGGCUGUCCCCGACAAGUUCAUCGGAGACAUCAAGAAGGGCCUUACCAGCAAGAAGGACGCCACCGCCCGUGAGAAGGCUGCCGUCGCUGUCAAGGAGAUCGCCUCUCACUCUGAGGUCGCUGCCAGCGUCGAGCCCUACCUCGUCACUCUUCUGCCCGAACUCCUCGACGCCGCUGGCGACAAGGCUGUUCCCGUCCAGAAGGCCGCCAAUGCUGCCGUCCUGGCCAUUGCCGGCGCCCUCAACGGCAAUGCCGUCAAGCAGGCUCUGCCUGCUCUGAUGGACAAGAUCCGCAACGCCCAGAAGUGGCAGUCAAAGAUGGUCGCUUUGGACUUCAUCCUGGCCCUCGUCAAGAGCGCCCCUGCUCAGCUCUCCUACCGUGUCCCCGACUUGAUCCCCGUCAUCUCUGAGGCUAUGUGGGACACCAAGAAGGACAUCAAGGAGCACGCCUACAAGGUCAUGGAGAGCAUCUGCCAGCUCAUCGUCAACAAGGAUAUCGAGCGAUUCAUUCCUGAGCUCAUCAAGUGUAUCGCCAAGCCCGAGAACGUCCCCGAGACUGUCCAUCUUCUCGGUGCCACCACCUUCGUCACUGAGGUCCAGGAGCCCACCCUCGCCCUCAUGGUUCCUCUUCUGGACCGUGGUCUCAACGAGCGUGAGACCGCCAUCAAGCGAAAGUCUGCUGUCAUCGUUGACAACAUGUGCAAGCUGGUCGACGACCCCAACAUCGUCGCUCCUUUCUUGGACAAGAUGAUUCCUGCUCUCCAGAAGAACUACGACAACCUUGCCGACCCCGAGGCCCGUGAGAAGACCAAGCAGGCCCUUGACACCCUUAACCGUGUCGGCAACGUCGUCGACGGCAAGAUCCCCGAGGUUCGCAACGACGGCGACGUCAGCGUCGUCCUUGCCAAGCUCAAGGAGAUCCUGGCUCCCCGCUACGCUUCUCUCCUCGAGAAGAUGGAGCCUGUCGCUGAGUACAUUGCCGCUAUUGCCGGCCAGCUCAUCGACAUGAAGGAGACCGACGCCACCGUCUGGGUCGAGAGCCUGAAGCCCUACGUCGCUGUCAUCACCGGCAUCGACAACGCCGAGGCCGUCGUCGAGACCCUGCGCAAGCGUGCUUCUCCCGGCGCUGCCGAGGAGGAGGAGGGCGAGGCCGAUGACGAGGAGGGUGAGGAUCUCUGCAACUGCACCUUCUCUCUCGCCUACGGUGCCAAGAUCCUGCUGAACCAGACCCACCUCCGCCUCAAGCGCGGUCAGCGUUACGGUCUCUGCGGUCCCAACGGUUCCGGCAAGUCUACCCUCAUGCGUGCCAUCAACAACGAGCAGGUCGAGGGCUUCCCCAAGCAGAGCGAAGUCAAGACUGUCUUCGUUGAGCACGACCUCGACUCCGCCGACACUGAGAUGACCACCAUUGACUGGACCAUGAAGAAGCUGGCUGAGGCCAAGGUCGAGGUCUCUCAGGAGGAUGUCGAGAAGCGCCUGAUCGAGUUCGGCUUCACCGAGCAGAUGAUCAAGGGUGAGAUUUCCGCUCUGUCUGGUGGUUGGAAGAUGAAGCUGGCUCUGUGCCGUGCCGUCUUCGAGGCCCCCGAUAUCCUGCUUCUCGACGAGCCUACCAACCACUUGGACGUGAAGAACGUCAAGUGGCUCGAGGACUACCUCAUCAACUCCCCCUGCACUUCCAUCAUCGUCUCUCACGACUCUGGCUUCCUCGACAACGUCUGCCAGCACAUCAUCCACUACGAGCGAUUCAAGCUCAAGCGCUACCGUGGUAACCUGAAGGAGUUCGUCAAGCGUGUUCCUUCUGCCAAGUCCUACUACGAGCUUGGCGCCUCCGAGAUCGAGUUCACCUUCCCCGAGCCCGGUUUCCUCGAGGGUGUCAAGACCAAGGCCAAGGCUAUCCUGCGUGCCACCAACAUGUCCUUCCAGUACCCUGGUACCUCCAAGCCCCAGAUCAGCAACAUCAGCUUCCAGUGCUCUCUGGGCUCUCGUAUUGCUGUCAUCGGUCCCAACGGUGCUGGCAAGUCUACCCUGAUCAACGUUCUCUGCGGUGAGCUCAUCCCCACUGGCGGUGAGAUCUACCAGCACGAGAACAUCCGUAUCGCCUACAUCAAGCAGCACGCUUUCGCCCACAUCGAUGACCACCUUGACAAGACUCCCUCCGAGUACAUCCAGUGGCGUUUCCAGACUGGUGAGGAUCGUGAGACCAUGGACCGUGCCAACAAGAUCAUCACCGAGGCCGACGAGAAGGCCAUGGACAAGAUCUUCAAGAUCGAGGGUACUCAGCGUCGUGUCAUUGGCAUCAACGCCCGCAGAAAGUUCAAGAACAGCUACGAGUACGAGUGUUCGUUCGCUCUGGGUGAGAACGUCGGCAUGAAGAACGAGCGCUGGGUUCCCAUGAUGAGCGCCGACAACGUCUGGCUGCCGCGUAACGAGCUGUUGGCCUCUCACCAGAAGAUGGUCGCCGACGUCGACAUGAAGGAGGCCCUCGCCUCCGGUCAGUUCCGACCUCUGGUCCGCAAGGAGAUUGAGGCCCACUGCGCCAACUUCGGUCUGGAUGCCGAGCUGGUUUCUCACUCCCGCAUGCGCGGUCUGUCUGGUGGCCAGCGUGUCAAGACUGUCCUGGCUGCUUGCUCAUGGCAGCGACCCCACUUGAUCGUCCUUGACGAGCCUACCAACUACCUGGACCGUGACUCUCUGGGUGCCCUGUCCAAGGCCCUGAAGAAGUUCGAGGGUGGUGUCAUCAUCAUCACUCACUCUGCCGAGUUCACCAAGGACUUGACUGAGGAAGUCUGGGCUGUCAUGGACGGCAAGAUGACUCCUUCCGGCCACAACUGGGUCCAGGGCCAGGGUUCCGGCCCUCGUCUCAAGCAGGAUGACGACGAUGAGGAGGACAAGUUCGACGCCAUGGGUAACAAGAUUGUUGCCACCAAGAAGAAGGCUAAGCUGUCUUCUGCUGAGCUGCGAAAGAAGAAGAAGGACCGUAUGGCCCGCCGAAAGCGUGGUGAGGAGGUGUUCAGCGACGAGGAUGACCUGUAAACGAUUAACAUACCCACACAUCACGGCAUCUCGAUGACGCCUGGUCCCUUGACGACUUAGACAUUAAAAUACGGUUUGGUAACGGAAAAGUUGCGAUGCCUUGUUUGCAAUGAUUGCAUGCUCGGGCUGCCCAUAGAAGGGCCUUCUCAAUAGACUGAUGGUCUGGAUGAGUGCGAGAACCACGACGUGGGGAUGGAGGACCCCCAUGUUGGAAUGAGCUCUUGCACCUUGGGCUAUAGA